CAAAUAAUUCGUAACCCUGCGGUGAUAAUUUUAGUUGGCCAAAAUCAAAUCCUCUUUUCUCAACCCAAAUAAAAACCAACAUCAUCAUCACAUAUCGAUCUCUUUGCCCCCUCAAAUUCACUCCACAAAACCCACAAUUUACCCUUUUUCAUUUAUCACUUCCAAUUGAUCCAAUUGCUUGGGUAUAUAGUUAAAGAUUGGAUUUUUAUUCUCCCUCAUUAUUGACAGGCCCUGUUUUUUUUUAAGAUCUUGAAUAAUUGAAUCUCUAGAUUGAUUUCAAGAUUAGUGUUUGUUUGAUUCUUGAAUUGGGGGUUCACCAUGUUGGAUGUUGGUCACGAGAAAUUGGAGAAGAAUCAAGAAUCUCAGCCUGAAAUUUCAAGAACUUCAGCUGAAGAUGAAGCCCUGAGGAGAAAUACUGAUUGUGUCUAUUUUCUUGCUUCUCCCUUGACUUGUAAGAAGGGAAGUGAAUGUGAGUACCGCCAUAGUGAAGCUGCACGGCUUAAUCCCAGGGACUGUUAUUACUGGCUGAACAAUAAUUGCACAAAUCCAAAGUGCGCCUUCCGUCACCCUCCUCUCGAUGGAUUACUGGGAACUCAGGUGGCUCCUCCUGUGGGACAAUUUUUCCCUUUGACGCAGGGUGUACCAACACCGUCUGCACAAGCCCUUCAUGUUCCUGGGAAACAAGCAGUCCCUUGCAUUUUUUUCCAACAGGGUUACUGUUUAAAAGGUGACAUGUGCCCCUUCAUGCAUGCACCAUUCUCUUCCAAUGAUAAAGUUGCUCAGUUGGCAGUAGCUACCCCUGUUACUGAAUUUCAAUCAUACAAGAAGACUUUUGGUGGACUUCAGAAAUCUACACAACAGAAGAAUUCACAAAAUAACAUCGGAAAGCCUGUUGAAGUACCUGUUCAAGUAAAGUCAGUAACUGAAACUCAAAUGGCUCCGUUGAGAAAUGGAAUCACAGCAAACAAAACCCUCACAGUGUAUGCAGGCCUGGAUGAUGAGCUUCCUAGGUACAAACCAGCAAAUGUUCAUUCUGCCGCUACUGGGAAGUCAGCCAGGUCAAAUCAUAGUCAACAGGUUGAUUUAGUAGAAAACCAGAGUAUUUUGAAUAGUAAAGAUGCUGAUGAGUUUUCAAGAGAUCAUUCGCCUGGAUUUGAUGUACUUGUAGAUGGUGAACUUGGAGAAUCUGACUAUUAUCAUGAUGAAGAUCAAUUUGGGGGAGUAAGAGGUCGUAAUGAGAGAAUUUUGAACCCUCUUAAUGAUUAUGAAAUUGAACGCACGUCUGAUUACCGUUCAAUGGCUGAUGGUGACAGAGAUAUGUAUAAUGACCCGCGUGGUUAUGACUCUUAUGACCAUUAUGGCCGGAAGGAGCACAGAGUGUCAUCAGACAGGAUGUUAGCAGGAUCAGCUCAUUUAGAAAGAAGACGACACCUUAUAGCUGACAGCGCAGAUCGCACUGAUGAAUCAGACCUACGUCAUCAUUUAUUGAAGCAAAAGCGGGGUGAUAAUUCAAGAUCCGUUGUCAGUCAUUCUCGUUCCCGUGAAAACCGUUUUGAUGAUCGUAUUUACCGGCCUCCUCAAAGGGACCAUAUGCGUGCACGUGAAAGUGUGAUUAGCAGUCGGCUGCGUGGAAGGAUUAAGAUUCCGGGGAGAUCAACAUCUCCUAAUAAUAGAACUGGUUCCUGGUCAGAAAGGGAAUCUGAUAGAGGCAGGUACAGGGGCAGAAUGUCACCAGAAAGACUACAUGGAAGGCUUAAAGAGAGAAUGCAAGGAAGAGUGCAAGAGGAUUUUAAUAACGAAGACCGAAGUAUCAGAAAUCCAAGCAUGAGACUUGAGUCUAAAAACAAUAUAAAUGAGAGUGGUGCUCCAUUCACAGGUCCUAAAAGGCUGUCAGAGCUGAAGGUUGGGAAGAGCGAGAGCGAGCAGCAUGUAAAUGAUCGUCAAUUACUUGGGAAAAGAAAAUAUCCAAAACUAGAUGGAGCUCCUCAACAGGGUGAGGGUGAUAUCUCAUUUGAAGGGCCCAAGCCGCUAAGUGAAAUUUUGAAGAGAAAGAGAGGUGUUACAUCAGCUGAUUAUGAAAAUGGCAGUACUUCAAGGAAUAAUAAUGAUAAUUAUCGCAAGGAAGCUAAUGAAAGUGUGAUGAUUCCCAAGGACACUAAAAAGCCUGAGGAUGUACUUUCCUCCUUACCUGUGCGGGAGACUAGUCUUGUUGAAAGGAAUGAGGAACCUAAACAUGCAGUGGCCGACAUCAAUGAAGCAGGUGAAAAGAUGAAAUCAACUGGUGAUCAGUCAUCUUUACAGUCGGAGCCUGAAGAAGGUUUGAUUGGUGAUGAAGAGAUGGAGAAUCAUGACCCUGAAGCAUAUGAACAGGCAGAAGGUUACUCUGACUACGAGCAGGCUGAUGGCGAAGAUUACAAUUUGGAGGAAGGUGAGAACUUGGAUCCUGGGGAUGAAUAUUAUGAAGAAGAAGAAGAUGCAGAUGACUUUGCAAAGAAGAUGGGAGUUAGUUAUUCAUGAACGAGGGGAGACUGAUAAAUAAGAUUACUCCGUCUCUUGCCUAUUAAUGGAGUGCAACCUGAGUAUUGGUGUCGGUUGUUUGGAUCUGCAACAGAAUCAUUCUGUGCCUAGAAGUAAAUUAAUGUCUGUUAUUCAUGUACUAAUAGAAUACUUACCCAUGCAUUCAAGUUUUGAUUGCAUGGGAAGAUUUGAGGCUUGCAGCCUUUUUUCAUUUGAGUUGGUCAAUUGUGCCUGCCGCAAUUUUAUAUUUUAAAGAGUUUCAAUAAGAAACGAUUUGGUACUACUA